CUCAACGGCAAAAGCUAACUGCUCCCAAAUUCUCUCACCAUGUCGCCGGCUCCCGUCGUUGAGGCCGCCGAGCCUGAGACCGAGCAGGUUGCUCCCGCCGAGGAGUCCGAGAAGAAGCCCCAGAACGAGGAGGCCGUCGUUGAGGACGUGAAGGAGGAUGAGAAAGAGGAUGACGAGGACGAAGACGACGAUGACGAUGAGGACGACAAGGACGAUGGCGCCCAAGGUGCAAAUGGGAACUCUAAACAGAGCAGAAGUGAGAAGAAAAGUAGGAAGGCAAUGUUGAAGUUGGGUAUGAAACCUGUUACUGGUGUUAGCAGAGUCACCAUCAAGAGAACCAAGAAUAUACUAUUUUUCAUUUCAAAACCUGAUGUCUUCAAGAGCCCAAAUUCUGAGACUUACGUUAUAUUUGGUGAGGCCAAGAUAGAGGAUUUGAGCUCUCAGCUGCAGACACAGGCUGCUCAACAGUUCAGAAUGCCAGAUAUGGGAUCUUUGAUGGCAAAAUCAGACACUUCUGCUGCAGCUGCAGCAGCACAGGCUGAUGAGGAAGAGGAAGAAGUUGAUGAGACUGGAGUGGAGCCGAGGGACAUUGACUUGGUCAUGACACAGGCUGGUGUGUCAAGGAGCAAAGCUGUUAAGGCUCUCAAGACUCGCAACGGUGACAUUGUUAGUGCUAUUAUGGAGCUUACUACUUAAUUUCAGCUCUAUCGUCUUACCUUGCAAGUCUUGCUUUCUGUUAGAUGAGUUUUGGAACUGAAAUCAACAUUUUAGUUGUAGCUGAACUUGAUUUAUCAUCCUUUGGACGGAUGAAUUCCGGUUUCAUAAUCAAAUUUUCAACAAUUAUGUCAGUAUUAUUAUUGAGUUUUCAUCAUCUCCAUGCCCGUUAUUGCCUUGUCU